AUGUCAGAGAAAUCAGCGGCGGACGAUUUCUUUGGCAUAGAGCAUAUGUCUAGUCAGUUCGGAGCUGAGGAAGGAGAGCGGAAGGAAGGGAGCACAGCCGAAAACAGAGAAGUGGAGAAAGCGUUCACAGGACUUAAUCUUGAGAAAGUCGAUAAGCAGCAAUCGGGAACUGAAUUUUUCGACCGAGCAUUUUUCGGCGAAUUCAAGCAUGAACGAAUUACCUGUGAGCAAGAAACUAACCAUUCAGUUGACUUCUUCGAGGAAAAUUUUUUUAAGAAACUCCCUUCUGAGAGCAAAAUUGCUGUACCGUUUACCAAAAAAGUUCGUGAGCAGCACUUAUGUGAAGGUGUAACAGAAGAUCACCUACAACUUGAAGGACGAACAGUUCCCGUCAGGACGUUACGUAAUCUACAGGAAGACGUGACUGGGAAGAAAGGACAAGAAAAAGUCGUACCACCGUUAGAAGAAUACGUUGAAAAUGAAGUUGUUGGACACCGCUCUGAAGAGGUAUCUGGUUUACACAAUAUUCGAUCAAUGAUUACCCCUAUUUGGAGAAUGAAUGACGAGGAGUUAGUGGAUUUCAUGACAAAAAGAAUAAUUUAUAAAGAUGAUAACAUAAUUGCAUUUGAUAAACCGUAUGGAAUGGCUUAUUCAGUGAAAUCACUGGAUAAAUAUCAAUCUGGCGUUGUUGUAUUUGCUAUGAACUCAUUAGUGAAAUCGGAGCUGAAAGGAAGUGUGAGUAGUGGAUUGGUAGAACAAGUAAGCAGGUGUAUUGUUCGUGGAGAACUUAGUGACUCACCAUUGAAAAUAACAAUUCCUCUAAUCAAAGCUAUGAAGGAAAGGGACAUAAAGAUGAUGCCUUUGGUUACAAAUAAGGCUGUUGGAGAAAUUUUCUACGUUGAGUCAGAGUGCCGCACCAUAAAAGGAAACCAAUACGUUUCUAGCGUCGAAGUAAUCACACAUAAAGAAGCUCCUCAUCAAAUACGUGCCCACCUGGCAUUAGCAGGGUGUCCUCUUAUUGGAGAUGCCAAGUAUAGUAACUCUUCACCUCGACCGCCCAGAUUAUCUCAUCGUGUGCUUAAUCUGUUGGGGAUCACAGAUUCACAAAGUCGCAAAAUCCCUAUGUAUCUCCAUUUGAAGCAGAUUCACUUUCCGGACGCUUCAAAGUCAAUGAAGCCCAUGCGAAGUGCCACAAGAAACCUAACGAGCUUCUUCUUCCGUGUACGGAACAUCAAUUUCACUUCAUUUGUUUUCCAGGCUUUUUAUUUACAUUACAAUUGCAAAAUAUGGAGGUGUACGCCAGAAGUGGCAAGUUCUAUAUUCCACUUAGCUAAACGUAACAAGGACAACUUUGAGAAGCAAAUUAGAGAACACUAUGCAUUGAGUGUGCAUAAGGAUUUUGUGCUGAGACUGUUUCUGACGAAGAUCCCUGUUGAGAACAUUGACUAUGAAUGGGAGUCGAGAAUGCUGUGCUUGUUUACGAAGUAUCUUGAAUUAGAACGAUUGGUAUGGAACUUGUCAACGCUUGGUGGUGCUUGUUCUGCCAUGGGAGAUUAUGACAUAUCAUUUGCCAAACGGGCUGGUAUAAUCUCAGAGAAGCAAUUGCAAAUUGCGUCAGAGUUGGAUGACCGCACUCUGCUGGCUAGAUGCCACCUUUAUGUUGCUCUUAGUGUCGCUCAACAGGCCAAUUUUAUUGAAGCAAAAAGAAUUGUUAGGAUUAUUUAUUUAUGGGCACGCCACACUCAGAAUGAGUUCGUUAAAUCUUGCUGCCAAGGAGUGCGAGCUAAAAUCAAGUCGAUUGAGUUGUUUGGUACACACGCUCUCCGAAGUGACUGUAAUACUACAACCGGGUUCAUUAGGUCACUCAAGCUCUUUACGGGUUUGUUGACACAACUGUUGUGA